UCCUGAUGGCGCACAGUGUGUGUUGAGCUCUUGUGCCAAAAAGUAAUAGAUUACUUCGCAACCAGCAUUUAUUUUUAAUCCUAUUUAAAUUAAACUUUACUUUAACUUACAAUGUUCAACAAACAGUAUUUUGUCGUGCUCUUACUGGCGUACGUUGCUAAUUGCGAAAAAUCAUAUUUACCACCCUACAUCGUACCAUGUGAGUUCAAGAGCGAUGACUUCGUGGACUGCGUCAAGAAUCAAAUUGAGAUCGCACUGCCGCUAUUCACACUUGGAAUCCCAGAAAUGGACGUACCUUCAAUAGAUCCAGUUCACUUGAAGAACAUCGAGAUUCUUGGAAACGGGCUGAACCUGACCUUCUCGGAAGCUAAAAUGCACGGCCUUAGUCAGGCUAAACUGACGGAAUUAAAGGUGCAACUGAGCAAAGGUGAAGGAAAAUUUUCUCUAUCGUUCAAAAGCAACAUGAACUUGACUGCAAAGUACGUCGCCGAUGGCAAAAUCCUAAUUCUUCCGAUCAAAGGAAACGGAGACGCAUUGGUUGAUGCUCAGGGUGUAGAAGUGCACAUUGACAGUAAAUUGAUCCACGAAAAGGACAGCAAAGGUGACCAUAUGAAGCUGGCUACUCCAAAGUAUAGGUAUACCAUCGAACGCACCGUAUUCGACCUGAAGAACCUAUUUAACGGAAACAAGCAACUUGCGGACACAACCCUUCAGUUUGCCAACGAAAACUGGCAACAGUUGAUGGAUGAGCUCUCUCCCCCGGCCAUCAAGCAGAUCGUAAAAACCGUCGUCAAAGCCAUCAACAAGUUCUUGUCCAAAGUCGACAUUCAUGAAAUAAUAAAAGGAUAUACCGAAGAUUAAAAUAAGCUGUGAUCAUAGUCAAUAAGAGAUGAUUAACUCAUUCAUAAAUCAAUUAAGUAAUUGAAGAUAAGAUUAUUUAAUUUCUGCAAUUAUUGUCACGCUUUUAAGAAUUAAUUUCGUCUGAUGAUGAUACAGCAGGUUACCUUUAGCGCCUACGUACAUUAUUUCUUAUCGGUAUUUCAUACAAUUUGCUGAAAUCUGUGUAUUACUAUUUGGUAAUUGAACAUUUCUAAUUAUUAUAAAAUAGAUACAACUCAACAAACUGAAAUCAAAAGUUUACUAUGUAUUUAUGUUA